UAGAGAGAAGAAACGCGUUUCUUUGGGUUUAGGACUUUGGGCUUUCGUACCCUACGCCGUCGCUGCAGAGAGAGGGUGGCGGCAACAAUUGAAACCAUGAAAGGGAGCUUGAAGAUGACGAACUUGUUGUCUCGCAUCAGAAACUCCUCAAAGAAAACCAAAACUAGCACUAACAAACACAGGAACAGAAAAAGAUUCAAUCUUAGAAACCAGAACGCCAUUUCCAUUCCCAAAGACUUGCCUUCUCCCCAUGAAGAAGAAGAUGAAGAAGGAGAAGAGAACGCUGAAGAAGGUUUCAAGCUCAAAAGCUCUGCCCCAUUACUCACACAUGGCGUUCAACCCUUGGGGAACCUCUACCUCAACCCAGGUUCCAUCAACUCCAGAGACACAGGCUUAGGUAACCUUCAUACCCUUUCUGACGAGCUUGUUCUUGAGAUUCUAGGGUUCUUGGAUAGUACUAAUUUGGGGGUUUUGUCCACUGUGAGUAAGUCCUUUUAUGUUUUCACAAACCACGAACCUCUUUGGAGGAACCUUGUGUUGGAGAAUCUCAAUGGUGGGUUUCAGUUCAAUGGGGCUUGGAAAUCAACUUAUGUUGCUGCUUCCUACCCUUCAUUUGAUAUAUCAAGUAACGCACUUAAAAGCUUUAAAGUUAGAGACUUUUAUUCUGAUUAUCUCUUUCAGAGUUGGCUCUGUGCUAAUCUUGAAAUGAAACCUGAGUGGUUGGAGAGGGAUAAUAUUGUUAGGAAGAGGGGCAUUUCAGUUGAAGAGUUUGUGUUGAAUUUCGAGGAGCCUAAUAAACCGGUGUUGUUGGAAGGGUGUAUUGAUAAUUGGGAUGCACUGGAGAAUUGGGAUAGAGAUUAUUUGAUGCAGUUGUCUGGUGAUGUUAAGUUUGCAGUUGGGCCAGUUGAGAUGAAGCUUGGAGACUAUUUUCGCUACUCAGAUCAAGUUAGAGAAGAAAGGCCAUUGUAUUUGUUUGAUCCGAAAUUUGCUGAAAAAGUUCCGAAAUUAGGUUCUGAAUAUGAAGUCCCAGUGUAUUUUCGAGAGGAUUUGUUUGGUGUAUUAGGCAGCGAGAGACCUGACUACAGGUGGAUCAUUAUUGGUCCUGCCGGGUCCGGAUCAUCUUUUCAUGUUGAUCCGAAUUCAACUUCAGCUUGGAAUGCAGUGAUCAAGGGAUCAAAGAAAUGGAUACUAUUUCCUCCUGAUGUUAUCCCGCCAGGCGUUCAUCCUAGUCCUGAUGGUGCAGAGGUUGCAUCGCCAGUUUCGAUAAUUGAGUGGUUCAUGAACUUCUACGGUGCAACAAAGAAUUGGAAAAAGAAACCUGUUGAGUGUGUAUGCAAAGCUGGAGAGGUUAUCUUCGUACCUAAUGGAUGGUGGCAUUUGGUGAUCAACCUGGAGGAGUCCAUUGCCAUAACCCAAAAUUAUGUUAGUAGGAGAAAUUUGUUAAAUGUGCUAGAUUUUCUUAAUAGGCCAAAUGCUAGCACACUGGUGUCUGGAACAAGGGAUCGUGUGAAUUUGUAUGAUAAGUUUAAGAAUGCUAUUGAGGCUUCUUUUCCUGGAGAAAUGGAUGAACUGGCCAGAAAAGAAGCAGAGAAAAAGAUCCAGCAGAAGAAACUCUCAUUCUGGGAUUCUGUCUCAGAUUCCAAUGCCGGAGCUUUCAAGUUCUCUUUCUAGAGAGAUACAUUUUGCUGAAUUCCGACGAUCAAUUUUGACAUUAUGAUCGGUUUUUCAUUGAUUGUACUCUUUCAAUUGUUUUAGGUGCUACAUUGUCUUGGCAACCUUCCAUUUUGGCUACCUGUUGUACUAAUUGAGUAUCAAAGCUGAAAAAAACAUGGAUUCCUCUAUCCAUAUAUUGAUGGAGGAUGAACCAUGAAUUAAUUGUCAUUAUGAACCCAACUUCUUUUUCCUGAGGUACUUGAAGUGAGUAGGGGGUCUUCACAACCCAGCAAGUUUGUUCCUUA